CGUCCUGGGAGGAGCGAGGGGACGCGGAGGCGGGGCUUCCUGGGAGGAGCGAGAGCACGCGGAGGCGGAGCGUCCCGAGAGGGGCGAGCGCCGGGUGGGCCGGGCCUCCUCGUCCCAGGCCAGCCAGAGAGGAGGGCGCGGGCACAGCGCCACCUGUCCCCGGAGGACGAGGUCGGAGUCCUGUUCCAGGCGGGCCCCUGCUGUUCUAGCCUCCCAGGCCCGCACCGAGCGCCAUGGCCCAGCCACCGCCUGACGUCAGCGAGGACGACUGUCUCCCGGAGUACCGCCACCUCUUCUGUCCGGACUUGCUUCGGGACAAGGUAGCCUUCAUCACAGGCGGCGGCUCUGGAAUCGGGUUCCGGAUUGCUGAGAUUUUCAUGCGGCACGGCUGCCACACAGUCAUCGCCAGCAGAAGUCUUCCCAGAGUGUCGAUGGCUGCCAGAAAGCUGGCUGCUGCCACUGGCCAGAAGUGCCUCCCUUUAUCUCUGGACGUCCGAGCUCCCCUGGCCAUCAUGGCAGCCGUGGAGCAGGCUCUGAAGGAGUUCGGGAAGAUCGACAUUCUCAUUAACUGUGCAGCCGGGAACUUCCUGUGCCCUGCCAGUGCCUUGUCCUCCAACGCCUUCAAGACCGUGAUGGACAUCGACACCUUGGGCACCUUCAACGUGUCUCGCGUACUCUACGAGAAGUUCUUCCAUCGCCAUGGAGGGGUGAUCGUGAACAUCACUGCAACCCUGGGUACCCGCGGGCAGGUGCUCCAAGUGCAUGCAGGCUCUGCCAAGGCGGCCGUGGAUGCGAUGACACGGCACCUGGCUGUGGAGUGGGGCCCCCAGAACAUCCGCGUCAACAGCCUUGCCCCCGGCCCCAUCAGCGGCACAGAGGGCUUCCGGCGGCUGGGUGGCCCACAGGCCAGCAUGAGGGCAAAGGUCCUGGCAAGCCCCCUGCAGAGGCUGGGGAACAAGACGGAGAUCGCCCACAGCGCCCUCUUCCUGGCCAGCCCUUUGGCAUCCUAUGUGACGGGGGCCCUGCUGGUGGUUGAUGGUGGGGCCUGGCUGACAUUCCCUAACGACAUCCAGUUGCUGGCGGACUUCUCAUCCUUCUCUGCUAAGCUCUAGGCAGGGGACAGUGUGCUGCAGAGGAGCUGGUCCACACCUGCUCUCGGAUCCCUGCGACCUGCCUCCCGCCUGCCCAGCCUGAGCGCCAAACCUGACAAUUCCAACAAGAGUGUCUGAAGCAGAGACUGGCCUUUCCUCUAGGAACCGUGCUGCAUCCACAUUCCCUCCUCAUGGCCCUGUCUCCCAUGCAUGGGGGGCAGGGACUAGGCAGUGUGGCUGGCCUGCUGACCUGCUCACACACGCCGGGGAGGUCUGGGUUCCAGCGCUUCGAGAGUGUUGAGGAGGCCAGGACGCAGGGGUGUCCCCCUUGCACAACCCAGGGUCAGGGCUGUCCCGCCACCCCAGCCCCUGCCUAGGCUGGCCUCCUUUCCCCUCCUGCCUGCAUCCAGUGGGUGUCCUGAGGUGGCUCCCAUGGCCUGGGUGGAGAGAAGGGGGCAUUUCAGGCUAUCUUCUCUUCCUUGCUCUCCCGCUUUGAGACCUUUGCUUGGCAAAGAGAUGCCAAACUAGGGAGGCUGGAGAAGCGUGUUUAAGCCUCUCCACAAGACCUGUGUCCUGGGUCCUGUCCCCGGGGGUGUAGGCUGCAGAAGGGACCUCUGCCGGCCUCCAGUGACACGGGCAGGGUUGCUCCCCACCUGCCCUGGAGUCUGUCCUUUGCUGGGACAUCCCCAGAGGACUUAGUCCUUGGUCAUUUAGGGGCUCACUUUCUAGGUCCUCCAGGCGGCCUGUCCCCAUUGUCACCAGCACCCUCCCUCAGGCCCAGGGGGUGGGGGAUCUCUGGACCCUCAAUUCUUCCCCAAUGACCACUCUUUGACACACAUCCAGGCCAGGACCUAAGGCGGCCACUUGGAUCCUGGGCUUGUUUUCUGUGCUGUUUGUUACAAACUUCAAGGUGCUCAAAGCUGUUGGUCUGCCCUCUGGCUGGACAUGCGGCUUGGGUGCCCCCUUCCUCCCUGCCCCCAUCUGUACCGUCCAUUUGCAUAAGCAUGGGUCCUAGAGUUUUGCCAGAAAAUGCAUUUACUUAAAAAAUAAUCAUUUUCCUGUGAAAA